AUGGAAAAAUGCUUUUCCUCGCACUUAAGUGUUAGAGGAACUAGUUUUUUCAGAUUUGUUAACGAUCAAUAUUUUAAAAAUAUUACUAAAAAUAUAAUUGAGAAAACUAGUUCAUUAAAUAAUGAAAAUAAUGAAGAAGAAUUUAGGAAAAAAUGCCUAGAUUUGGCUGAUUAUGUAAUUCAUAAUAAGAAAGCACCCUCAUAUCGUAAUCAAGUAAUUUGGGAAAGAGCAAUAAAGGGUUGGGCAGAAUCUCACUAUGAAAAGCUAAAUAAAUAUGGAGGAUGUCCUUUCAUUUUAGAGGAAAAAGAUAAAAAAAUUUUAGAAUUAAAAUAUGAAGAAGUUGAUUUUUGUGAUAAAAGAAAGAAAUAUUUGGAUGAAAUACAACGAUUAAAAGGGAAACUACCAAGUAAUUCUGAUAAGUAUUCAUGUACAUGUAAUGAAUAUAAUGAGUGGAUUGAGCAAAAGAAAAACCAUUUUGAGGAAAAGAAAAUCCUUUUUGGAACAUGCUACCAAAAAACAGACCAAAAAAAAAAAAAAAGACGUUCAGAAUUUAUAUGCGACUUAAUGAAUGAUCAAACGUUCAAAAAACUUACUGACUGCCCCCCAAUAGAUAAAUUACAACCUUGUGAAGGUGAAUCUAAAAAUACACAAAUAGUUUCACAGACACAAGAUAAAGAAAAAAAUGGGGAAUCACCUAUAUUACAUGAUUCACCCGAACAAGCCGAACAAACUAAACCUACAGAGGGAUCUGCCACUAAUAAAGUGAAUCAAGAUACAAAACAUAAUCAACAUGAAGAGAAAAAUGAAGAACCGAAAUCUCCAUCUCAAUCUAACGUACAAACAAAAGCUCAUUUAUCAUCACUUGAAUCUCCUUCUAAUGAAGUUGUAGCUAAAUCGGAAGGUUCUUUACAGUCUCCGACACAAGCAGUUUUCUCAAAUUCCCAACCAUCUUCAGAAGUAUCAGGUGAAUCUGUAUCUCUUGCUUCAGUUCCACCGGACACAAAACCAGAAAAUCCUUCCGAAAGUACACAAUCUUCUCAAAUAUCAAAAUUCUCUUCAAGUUCUUUUGCUUUAACUGUACCCUCUGUAACUUCAGGUGACUGAAAUUCAUCUAAUAAAUACAUAUCAUCUAUUUUAAUAAGCUUUCUAAUUAUUAUCGUAUUUUCUCUUUUUAUUAAAUACACAUUAAUAGGACAGUUAAUAAAAAGAAGACAACCAAAAUUUAUUAAAAUACUAAUACCUGCACAUUCGGGAAGAAAAAAUGAAUUUUUAACUCAUAAUCAUUUGGAACACCCAUGUUAUGAUGAUAAAGAAAUUACUAAAAAAAUAAAAAUACGUGAACAUAACAUGAUAAAAAAUUUACAAGAGAAGAAGCAAAAAAAGAAAAGGUCCAAAACUAUUAUAGAAGUACAUAUGGAAGUGUUUCAAGAAUGGAAAAAUGAAGAAUGGAAUUACAAAAAAGGAGAAUUUUUAGAAAUAUGCUUAGAAGUGUUCACAAAAGAUUUAUAUGGACUUUAUCCUAAUUUAACAAAUGAUGAACUAAUAAUGGAAAAUAUUAAAUGUAGCAAUGAUAUUGAAAAACAAAAAAAUUUAUGGAAUAAACGGAUAGAAAGACAUAGAAAUAUUUCUGAAAAAUUGAAUAAAGUGGACUGGUUUAAUAAUUUGAAAAAUGAAUGGAAAAAAGAAAAAUCUUACAUAAAAGAAAUGGAAGAUUUAAAAAAUAUAUCAUCGAAUGAAUAUCAAAAUAUUCUGUUCUUGGAAAGAGAGAAAGAUGUAUGGAGGAGGUGGAUAUCAGAAAAGGGAAAGAUUCUAAAACAAUAUAUAGACCAAAAAUGGUUUAAAGAAUUAUCAGAGGUUAACCAGAAUAUGUUAGAUGAAUACAAAAAUGAAGAAAAAUCAAAUGACUUAUCACUAAUAAAUAUAGAAAAAUUGGAACGCAAAGAAAAUUAUGAAGAAUUAUAUAAAUAUAUAAAAACAAAAUUAUUAUCAAAACUUUGUAUACUUGCACUUAUGACAAUGUUAGAAGAAUGCAAAAAAGAAGAUUAUAUAGAAAAUAGGGAAUUACAUUUAGAUAGUUCCAUAAUUGAAUGGAAUACAGAAAAAAAUUCAGUAAAAAAACAAGAAAUUGGAGAUAUAUUUAUUCAAAAGCAUAUUAAUGUUUAUGAAAAUGGUAAAAAUAAGGAUAUUCAUAAUAAUAUAGGGGAAAACUUCUUACGGGAAGAGAUCCAUGAUUGGAUAGGAAAAGAUGAAACAUAUGUAAAUUCUAUAGAGUGUAUGAAUAACGAUGAUAAAUAUGAUCAUAUAGCAGAAUAG